AUGAACGGCUAUUGGAAACCAGCACUGGCGGUUCUGGGACUGGUAUCCCUGGUAUAUGCCUUCACCACUAUCGAAACAGAGAUUUUCCAAUUGCAAAAUGAAAUAAGUACCAAGUAUGGCCCAGAAAUGGACUUUUACAAGUUUUUAAAAUUGGAUAAACUACAGAAAUCCAGCACAAAGGAGAUUACCAAGAAUUUAAGGAAGUUGUCCAAGAAGUACCACCCGGACAAGAAUCCCAAGUAUCGUAAAUUAUAUGAACGAUUGAAUUUAGCUACCCAAAUUCUCUCCAAUAGUUCCAAUCGUAAAAUCUAUGAUUAUUAUUUACAAAAUGGGUUCCCUAAUUAUGAUUUCCACAAAGGUGGAUUUUACUUUACUAGGGUGAAGCCUAAGACAUGGUUUAUAUUGGCUUUUAUUUGGAUAAUCAUCAACAUUGCACAGUAUAUUGUUUCCAUUAUACAGUAUCGUUCUCAAAGGUCAAGAAUUGAAAAUUUUAUCAGCCAAUGUAAGCAGCAAGACGAUUCUAACGGAUUAGGAGUCAAACGGUUAACGUUCAAGCAGCACGAAGAAGACAAGGGGAAGGAUUUGGUAGUAAAGUUCAGUGACGUCUACGUUAUAGAGCCUGACGGAAAUGAAACACUUAUUUCGCCGGAUACCUUGGACAAACCUUCAAUAAAGAGUUGCUUGUUCUGGAGGAUACCGACUUCAAUUUGGAACAUUACAUUGGGUAGGUUUUUUAGUACUACCGCUGAAGAAGAGAUAACAAAAGACAUCAAAAAGAAUGAUGGAGACCAAGUGAAGAAAGGAAACAAAGUGAAAAAAAACUCUGUGAAGAAAAGCCAAAAGAAAAUGGAGUUGCCUAACGGUAAAGUAAUCUAUUCACGUAAGUAA